UCGAUUUAUUGAAAUAUGUCCGAUUCUAGAGAGUGUGAGAGAAUCGACACGAGAGAUAAUAGCAAGAAUCAGGAAUUCUCCAAAAUCGUAAUAACAAUCGUAAAUUCAUAUUCUGAAGUGCAGACAAAAGCUGAAGCAGCCAUGAAGAAUAAAUGCUUUAAAUUAGAGACGCCAAGAUGCAAUGCUCUGUACCAGCACUAUCUGAGCAAUGAAGACACAUGCAAAGAUUACGUUGAAUUCCUUCGUUGCAUUGAUUUAGAUGACAAAACCUGUAAGGAAAAGUAUAAGGUUAUGCACGCAUGUAUCAAACAGGCACUAAAAGGUUCCAGUUGCAAACAUAAGAUUACCUUCAGAGCAUCAAUCCUUACUGCAGUUGUGGGUACAUUAUUAAUGCAUACCUAAGUAGAUUGAAUGCUACCAUGAAAAUAUUUCCGUGUGAAUCAGAAAAUUUGAAUGAAGCAUCAGUAAUGUGUACUUGAAACAUAGUCGCAGCAGGAUGUGUUAAACAUUUUUUUCUCUUUCUAACGUAAUUCUAAUAAAGCCACGAGCGUUCAAAAGUC